CACAUGUGCGAUGGCUGCUGCUGCUCCUGGCUGUGCACUGUCAUGCGGACAUGGUUGUGAAUGAUAUAUGGAAUGCGUUCAGGGGCAUCACCAAUGACAGCGCCUUGCUGGCGCACAUAAUACCGGAAAUGUAUGGAGCGAGCAUGCGUCAAGCGAAUCCAACCUUCUCAUUCAAAAUGCCCAAUAGCCAGCGCGAUGGCUUUGAGCUGUUGACAAUGCAGCGAUCCGACUUUGCGGAACCAAUCUUUCCCAAUGUCACAACGAUACCACGAGCAGCUGCACUCAAGUCCAAUCUGGGCGAAUGGCAGCAGCUGGGCCUGCCCGGCUGGACAGGUGAAUUGCAGCCUCCGCAGGCAUGGCUGGAACAGACACUCAAGUAGGUAUCCUCACAGCUGACCUAUCCACAGGCAGACAUUUUGCUGAACUUGAAGUCCCAACAGCUAUAUGGACAUGUUACAGAUAUACGUGUUGUAACGCCUAACCUGGCGGAAGCGCAGCGCGAGGAUCUGCUGAACGGAGAGAAUGUGUAUAUAGCGCGUGCCAACGAUCCCUUUGGUUACUCCAUGAAGUGGGCUUUGAGCAAUGACACCCAACCGGCCAGUGAUCGCGGCAAACGGGAUGUGGCCAAGCUCUACUCCAUGAUCAAGUGCUCCACGAAUUGUGAUCCAUUGAUCUACAAGGGCUACGGCUGCUAUUGCGGCUUUGGCGGCCAUGGAGUGCCCAACGAUGGCAUCGAUCGCUGCUGCCGUCUGCACGACAAGUGCUACGGCCAGAGCAACUGCAUCUCCUAUCUCGAAUACUUUGUGCCCUACGUGUGGAAGUGCUAUCGGGGCAAGCCCCUUUGCGCCAUCGAUCACGGUGAGUGGGGUGGCCCCGAUUCCUGUGCGGCUCGCCUGUGCCAAUGCGACUUGAGACUCUCGCGCUGCUUGCGUAAGUUUUAUUGCCCGACUCGACGAGCCGUUUGCCACUCCUCUCGCUCCCGAAGACUGCAAAAUCUGAUAUUCUUCGAUUGA